AUGCCGUUUGGACUCAAAGGGGCACCGGCCACCUUCCAACGUGCGCUCGACAUAAUACUCUCCGGAGUCCGCUGGCAAAUAUGCCUCGUCUAUCUCGACGACGUUAUCUUGAGCGUGGCAGAUACGGCGGCCGACGCUCUCAAGACGUUCACGUUCCCGAGGACGUUCACGCAAGUGCGCUCGUUCCUCGGGGCGUGUAACGUAUACCGCCGAUUCGUUGACGGGUUCGCUAAGAUUGCGCGUCCUCUGACCGACAUGACGCGCAAGGAUUCGGAUCCUGAUUUGUAUAACCCCACGGACCUGCAGCUUCAGGCGUUCGAGAACCUUAAGAAGUGCAUGAUCGCUCCGCCGAUCCUCGCGUUGCCCCGGCACGGUCGUCCGCACAUGAUAGACACCGACGCGAGUGCCUACCAACUCGGCUGCACCUUACUUCAGGAGCACGAAGAGCCGAACGACUGGCGCCCCGUGGGGUAUUGGUCGUACUCACUGUCCGAUAGUGAGCGCAACUACAGCGCUACCGAAAGCGAGUGCUUCGCCGUAGUUUGGGCCGUCCGCACACUACGGCCGUACGUAGAAGGCACGAAGUUGACAGUACGGACGGACCAUGACGCCCUCCGAUGGCUCAUGUCCCUCACCGACAGUUCCGGACGACUCAACCGGUGGCGGCUACGUCUGGCUGAAUACGAUUCACCAUUCAGUACCGCCCCGGACCCGUGCAUCAGGUGCCCGAUGCCCUGUCACGACUUGUGUCGCAGAAGGUCGCCGAUGACCCUCGCCCCACCGUCGAGGUGGAUGACGACAUCCCCACUUUCGAAGGGGGCACGACAGUUCGAGACGUAUCGAACGAGCUCGCGGACCACGCUUGUACCGCGAGCUGCGAUCAUCAGGCCGUCCAUGUCUUUGUAA